AUGCAAGGCGCUGCUGGCAAAAUGGGGCAUACGCUCAUUGAAACGAUCUUAGACAAUCCUAAUUGCCAAUUGGCAGGGGCAUUUGAUUUACCUACUAGUGUUGCCAUUGGACAAGAUGCUGGUGCGUUUUUAGGUAAAAGUACAGGCAUCAUUAUUACAGACAAUAUCGAACAAGCCAUUGAAAAAAGUGAUGUUUUAAUUGAUUUUACUCGUCCUGAAGGCACCAUGACACACGUAUCUUUGUGUUUAAAACACAACAUCAAACUGGUCAUCGGAACCACAGGGUUUUCAGAGUCUCAAAAACAAACGCUUUUGGAUGCCAGUCAAAAAAUUGCUAUCGUCCAAUCACCCAAUAUGAGCGUUGGUGUUAAUGCAACAUACAAACUCCUUGAAGUGGCUAGCAAAAUUUUAAAAGGUCAUUACGAUAUUGAAAUUAUCGAAGCCCAUCAUCGCCACAAAGUUGACGCGCCAUCAGGAACCGCUUUGCGUAUGGGAGAAGUGAUUGCAAAAGCCAAAGGUUGGGAUUUUGAUCAAACUGCGAUUUUAUCUCGUGAAGGUCAUACAGGCCCUCGACCUUCUGAAGGCAUUGGGUUCGCAACGGUACGAGGGGGAGAUAUUAUUGGUGAUCAUACCGUGAUGUUCGCGGGAACUGGUGAACGGAUUGAAAUUUCACACUUUUCCUCGAGUCGCUCUUCCUAUGCGAGUGGUGCUUUACUUGCUGCAGAGUUUUUAGCGACUAAAACGCAAGGUUUUUAUGAUAUGCAAGACGUUCUAGCCAUUCAACUCACCAAAGCUCGUGGGCAAGCCAAAAGCGGUCUGACAAGCUUUUGGGCUUCACCGAAUCUUGAGGAUGCUGCACAAACCUUACAAGCACAAAAUAAUGCUCUCAUCGGUCAUUUUGCGCAAACCGUUGUAGAAACUCGUGAUGAUCGCAGCAAACACCUUGACGGACAAGCCGAUAUGAGCGCGCGUUUAACCAAAAAUCUGCGUGCAACGCUUCAAGCUGCGACGCAUCAACUUGAAACAGGGCAAGUCGUCUUGGCGACGAUUGGUUCAACAGCGCCUUUUGUGGGUUUAUUUGGAACGGUUUGGGGCAUUUUUCAUGCUUUGACCAAAAUUGCCAAUACAGGCUCUGUUGCCAUCGAUCAAAUUGCAGGUCCAGUUGGCGAAGCACUGAUCAUGACCGCAUUUGGUUUAGUCGUUGCUGUACCUGCGGUGAUUGCUUACAAUUUUUUUGGUCGGUUUAUUCGCACCAUCAAUAAAAUUCUUGAGGCAUUUGCGGCAGAUCUUCUUCAUUAUUUUGGUAAAAAUUAA